AUGCAGUUACUGCUAGUUACGGGAGUACUCCUGGCUUAUGUGGCACCCAGUGUUCAGCAAUGUUCUGAUAGCGAUGGAGCAUGUGCAUCGUGGGUGGCAUCCGAUCGUGGAGCAUGUCAACGAAAGGAAUACAUCAAGAAGAAUUGUAGGAAAAGUUGUGGAAACUGUCCAAGAUACGAAGCCAAAUUCGAUACUCGCCGCCUGAAUCCCCAACUGCAGCCCAUCAGCCGAUUGGUCGGUAGAUGGAAGGGAGAACACACCGGAAAAGUUACAUUCCCCACAAUUCCGACAUUCAAGUAUUCUGAAGAGGUUGAGAUCUCGAUUCCAGACGGAAGUAACAUUCGUUCAUUGAAUUAUACCGCUGCAGCUUGGUCUAGUGACAAGGAAGAUCUACAUAGAGAAUCAGGAUACAUCACUAUCAAACCAAAUACCAAAGAAGUUAUCCUCACAACUGUCAUGUCAAAUGGAUUCAUUACUGUUGAAGAGGGUCCGAUGUUCGGAAACAAUAUUAAAUUUAUUUUGAAAGAUAUUGGAAGAAUCAGUUUUGUUCGAGAUGAGCAUCUGCAUAAUUUAGUUCGCGAGUGGACCCUGGAUCAAGGUUAUCUCCGUGCUCGUCUCAGUAUCCAAACGUUGUCCCAUCGAAUGCAGGAACAUACUUCAAUUCUUUACACUAAAACUUCUGUAUAA